CUCUGUUUUUUAGUGCCAAACCCGUUCCGUGGGGUCACUGCAGUUCUUGGCUGUGAUUUUAUAUAUACAUACUCAUAUGAUCAGAAUAUAUGUAUGCUGCUUUUUAGUUGCCAGUCUCACUUGGUGUUUGUGUUUGGCAGGAACAUUAUGGCCUAAUUUUCUGAGUUCUAAUUUGUGGUGGGUGAUGCCUUAAUGUGGUCGGAUCACAGUGAGUCAACGCUUAGGUGUAAUUAGCUUUUUGGCCCACCACCUUGCUGAAAGAAAUCGCUGCAGCAUAUCGGAUUGUAAAGCUAUAGACUUCUUGUCAUGACAAUGACGUUUUACCUUUGCUAGAGGACUCUGGGGAUCGCAUGCUUGUGACUCUUUCAAUAUUUAAGAGCCUGUGCCUUGAAAGUCUAAUAAAUAUAUAAGUGAUUUUGGCCUUCAAUACAAACUUUUUAUCUUGAGACAAUGAGAACCAAGCGAGAGAAGCGCUCUGAGGCCUUUUGGCCUUCCAUGGUGAUGAAAAAGUGGUUGAAUAUCAAGCCUAAGGCGUAUGAUUUUAGUGCAGAUGAGGUUGACACCGAAAGUGAAGAUGAUGUGUAUUCUCUUAAGGAUGAAAGAAUGCACGUGCCUGAGGAUCUUGCCCAUAGGAUACAGGAAAACCAAUUCAUACGCCCCAGUCAAACUUCAGGUUAUCGGUCAAGACACAGGAGAGGGAAAUCAGAAACUUUGCGUGUGCAAUACAUAAAUACAAAGAUUGUGAGGGUGACAAUUGGCACUUGGAAUGUUGCUGGAAGACUUCCAUACCAAGAUCUUGAGAUUGAUGACUGGCUUUGUACAGAAGAGCCAGCAGAUAUUUACAUUAUUGGUUUCCAAGAGGUAGUCCCUUUGAAUGCUGGGAAUGUACUGGGAGCAGAGGAUACCAGGCCCAUUCCAAAAUGGGAGGAGAUCAUACGAAAAACUCUCAACAAGUCUUUGGAACCUGAAAGCAAACACAAAAGCUAUAGUGCCCCACCCUCCCCUGUGUUGAGGACUUCCUCUGUUUUUGACAUGCUUGCAUCCGAGGCUGAUGCUCAUUCAGUAACAAUGAAGAACAAGGAAUAUGUCAGGACAACAAAAUGUUAUGACAUGGAACCAGAGGCACUGGAUAAAGGAGUUAACAUUGGAAUGAAUUUACAAUUGAAGAGAAUAUAUGGCUUUGAUUGUGACAGUAGUUUAGACUGGCCUGAGCAUUCAUUAGACGCAGCCCCUCAGGUUAUCUCCUCCAGUUCAAAAUUGCGAAGAGUCUUUAGCAGUUCCGCUAGAAUUGGCUUUAACUUGACAGAGAAACAUUUUGCAUUAGAUGGUAGAAGAUUGAAACGUAUGCACUAUAGCUCUGGUAAUCUAGGCUUGAUGUGGAUGGAGCAGAAAGAGAAGCCUGAAGUUCUUGAUUCUCUCUCUGAUAUGUCCAACACUUUUUCUGAUGAGGAAGAUGACAAAUUUCUUGAAUUACCAGAGGAGGAGGAGCAUAAUUGUGAAGUUAGCGAAAAUUAUGUGAAGUCACGUACUAGAUUUGUGAGAGUUGUCAGCAAGCAGAUGGUAGGGAUAUAUGUAUCGGUUUGGGUGCGCAAGAUGCUGAGAAGGCAUAUUAAUAAUUUGGAAGUUUCUCCCGUUGGAGUUGGUCUAAUGGGCUACAUGGGAAACAAGGGCUCUGUUUCUGUAAGUAUGUCAUUGUUUCAAUCACGGAUGUGCUUUGUUUGUUCUCAUCUGACCUCUGGUCAGAAGGAUGGGGCUGAGCAGAGGCGAAAUUCUGAUGUGUAUGAAAUAAUACGACGUACCCAUUUCUCAUCUAUCUUCGAUACAGAUCAACCACUGACUAUUCCUUCUCAUGAUCAGAUAUUCUGGUUUGGGGAUUUGAAUUAUCGUAUCAACAUGUUAGACGCUGAAGUUAGGAAACUGGUUGAUCUUAGAAGGUGGGAUGAACUUCUCAACAACGAUCAGCUAAGCAAAGAACUUCGGAGUGGGCAUGUAUUUGAUGGAUGGAAAGAAGGGGUGAUAGACUUUCCACCCACUUACAAGUAUGAAAUCAAUUCCGAUAGAUAUGUGGGUGAGAACCCAAAAGAAGGGGAGAAGAAGAGAUCUCCGGCCUGGUGUGAUCGUAUAUUGUGGUUGGGAAAAGGUAUAAAACAACUUUCCUACAAAAUGGCUGAAAUAAGACUCUCAGAUCAUCGACCAGUUUGUUCAGAUUUUUUGGUUGAAGUUGAAGUCCUAGACCAUCGGAAGCUGCGAAGGGCUCUCAAUUACAACAGUGCCCUGGACGAUUAGAUUUGGAAUGCGUCCCAAAAUUUUUCUAGACGAUUAGAUUUGGAAUGCAUGAAUCUUAGCAGAUACCAGGCAAGGGAUUGCAAACAAAUCAUUUUGGCAAUGGUAGCAAGAUUGGUACUUCUGAUCGAUCAUCAUGUCUGACUAGAAGCUUAGUACUGCAGCUUGGAUCACAAGUAAAGACUCGAGUAAGUUCAUACGACUGUACAAUCCGAAAACAGUUGAUAGGAAUAACAGGUGAAUGAAAGUACAUACAAAAGGACUAAUACAUUUGUUUUCUGUUUUUGUUUACAUCGUGUGCUCUUUCUGUACGUUUUAUGAGUUUGUGGAGCUAAACAAAAAACAAAAAUUUCAUCAGAGCAACUUUACCUAUAAUUGGAUGAGAGCUUGGUUUUACCUCAAGUAUACAGAGGUGUUGAAGUGGAGAACAUCAUCAUCCACUUCAAACCCUUUUCAUACCUCUCUUGUUGCAACAAAAGACUCGUAGCGGCUCAACCCUAUAUUCUAUAGCAUUAAGAACAUCUUCUUGACACCAUGUUAACAGUUCAAAUCUAAAGGGUCGGAUCAAGUUUGAAAGCAAUACUUUCUGUAUGACUUUCAAAGUCGAAUUGUAAUUAAUUGUUAGCAAAAUCAAAAUUUACCGAAAAUUUUCACUUUGCGUUGUAUAAAUUAAAAACUGUAUAUUUUUUCACUAAAGGUCAAGACAUUCCCGUAACUGCUUUACGUAGACAAAAAAAAACCAAACAAAUUGAGUCUGUUCAAAGGGCAAGUGGUUGAUAAUCCAAAUUGUCCGAUGUCUUAAUAAUGAAUAAAGUGCAGGGAUAGAAAAUGACUCAUUCUUGGGAGUAGUCAAGAAGAUCUUUUGUUUCUAGACAAGGGAUGAAAUUGUAGAAUUUGCAGCAGUGGCUCAAAAAAUAUGGAAGAGAAGAACUUCUUUUGUUUUUUAAGACUCGUUUUUGCAUCCAUGCAUUCUUAAAAAGACGAACAGAGUCUGUAAAAUAACUUUAAAAAAUUACUUAAAAAAACUGCCACCAAGAGAUCUAACGAGAAAUGUAAACUACAUUUUUUUAUUGUCUUUUAAAUAUUUUUAAAAAAAAAUUAUAAAAAAUUCACAAAAAUAUUUAAAACACUUCCUCCUUAACAAUUAAGUAAAAAAAAAAAAUUGAUAGAUUUUAUCGAGACGCAUCUUUUGGUGGAUGCAUCAUUUCCCAAAAAUAAAACGAACAGAGCCUGUUGCUCGAUCAUCUUUAAGAUGAAAUGGCAUCACUGUAAAUGUCAACGCAAAUUACCCAUUACAACAUAUAUUCGUCAUGAAAAAAAAAUUUAGAUAUAAGUCUCACUCUUACACACCACUUAAAAAUAAUAUUUUAUAUUAUUUGAAAUUUGAAAUAUGAUGUAUGAGGGUAAAAAAAUAAAAUCAUACGUUUUUAAGUGAUGUGUAGAGUGUGGAACUUCUAAGUAGCACUUCUCUUCAUCAUAUGCCCCACCAAAGAAAAAUUUUAAACAUAAGUCUCAUACUCUACACACCACUUGAAAAUAUGUAAUUUUAUCAUUUUACCUUUUAUUUCAUGAAACAUGAAAUAUGAAUUAUGAGAAUAAAAAAAUAAAAUCACAUAUUUUUAAGUGUUGUGCAUAGUAUAAGACUUCUGUGUAACAAGAUUCUCCACCAAAUAGAUGAACAAAACAUUAAUAGCACAAAUAAUCACUAUCUAGGCACCGUCAAUUCCUCGCCCACGUCCUAUGCUGCCACAAUGCAGAAUUUUAGGUGAUCUUCAGGUCGAUACCAACCAACCAACCAACCAA